CAGCUGCCUUGAGCUCCCCCAUCUGAGACAUGGCUCACCCCCCCAGUUCAAUAUGAUCACGCCCGCACAGUCACUAAGAUCCGAGAACAUCCUAUGACUCCGCACGAAGCCGCCCAUCCGCCGCCUCACGAGUAACUACUGUGUACACCGCGCGCCCGUUCCCCGAGCCCUGCAAACCCCCACACUUCACUCUCCACCAGACAUCACCUCCAUUCAGACAUGGCGACCCUGAAGUUUGCUCCAUGGCAGAGCGACGUCGAUAUUCAGUUCCACGCAGCCCUCGCAUAUAUCAAAAUCAAUCACGACAAGCUAGAUGACUCGGCGCGCAAAGUACUGGGUCUCUAUGAAGUGCGCCCCACCGACCACCCUUCACGAUCCAGUCGCAUGCAGAUCCACCCAAAUGCGCUGACCUCGGACGAUACCCCGACAAACUACCUGCGUGGUGAGGGUAUCAUUAAGAACUGUAAUACUAUGGAAGACUUCAAGAAUCUGGAUCGGACUGCCAUCUUAGAGAGAGCAGGGCGUACAAUAUGGGAGGCAAUACAUGAUGGCUCCAUAUAUGAAUGUCCCUCUCUGCUCUCGUCAUUUACGCUGAUUACUUUUGCGAACCUGAAGAAGUACAAGUUCACAUAUCACUUCGGCUUCCCGGCUAUUCAAUCCGACCCUGCUUGGAAACUUGUGGGCGACUUGGGCCGCCUGGAUACCAAAGAAACUACACAUCUGGUGGACGCCGUCCAAACUUGGCGCUACGGCUCCGACGCUCGACAGAGGGGUUUCUUUCUCGCCAAGCGGGUCCGUGGUGGAGAUGGUGAAGAGCGUCCCAAAACACCAAUCGAGGAGAUCGGGUACAGAUGGGUGGUAGGCCGGCUUGAGUUGUUUGAAAAGGGUUUCUUCGACGAUGUAGAAAAGGAGGACCAGUUUGUGAGCUUCGCCGACCCGUCAACCUACCCAGAGAAUCCUGGCUGGAUGCUCCGUAACCUGCUCAUCCUGAUUCGGCAUCGUUGGCGACUGAACGACGUGCAAAUUCUAUGUUACAGAGACACGCAUCUGCGUCGCGACCAGUCAAAUUCGAUUAUUAUGCAUGUGCAAUCUGAUCCGCUGCCGCAAGCCGAGAUCAAAGCGGGCGAGGCUGCCUCCCGACCUCGCACUCCGAAGAUGCCGAAGGUGACCGGAUGGGAAAGGAACGAUGCGGGCAAGCUUACUUCACGUACAGUGGAUCUUUCCGAAUACAUGGACGACCGAAAGCUCGCCGAUCAAGCCGUCGACCUCAACUUGAAACUCAUCAAAUGGCGGAUAGCCCCGAAUAUCGACCUAGACGUGGUCAAGGAUUGCAAGUGCCUUCUUCUGGGAGCUGGGACGCUUGGUGCGUAUCUAUCCCGAAUGCUGAUGGCCUGGGGAGUCAGAAAGAUUACAUUCGUCGACAACGCGGUAGUCAGCUUCUCAAACCCUGUACGGCAGCCUCUUUUUACGUUCAAGGAUUGUGCCAGUGGCGGGGCAAAGAAGGCCGAGAGAGCGGCAGAAGCGUUACGAGAGAUAUACCCGGGCAUCGAAGCUGAAGGGCACAUGAUGGAGGUGCCUAUGGUGGGCCAUCCCAUUACUGACGAAGCGAAGACACAAGGGGAUUUCAGAAACCUGCAUAAACUGAUCGAUGAACACGACGCCAUAUUCCUCCUCAUGGACACGAGAGAAAGCAGAUGGCUGCCAACAGUGAUGGGCAAGGCGGCUGGCAAGAUUGUCCUAAAUGCUGCACUUGGCUUCGACACCUAUGUCGUCAUGCGGCAUGGUUUGAGGGCGACAGCUGAAGGCGAACAAGAACUAGGCUGUUACUUCUGCAACGACGUCGUCGCCCCUGCAGAUUCCCUGAAGGAUGCGACACUGGACCAGCAGUGCACAGUGACGCGCCCAGGCAUCGCGCCUCUGGCAUCCAGCCUCCUCACCGAGCUUUUUGUAAGCAUCCUCCAACAUCCGCUCAAAGCGCGCUCUCCGGUCACGCCGUCAAACUCCGCCGCAUCACCACCCUCCCCUUCGCACCCAUCACUCCCACCGCAUUUUGUGCAUCCUCUGGGUUCAGUACCGCACACAAUACGCGGGUACCUUAGUAAUUUCUCCAACAUCCAAGUAGAAGGAAAGCCUUAUGACUGCUGCUCUGCAUGCAGCCCUAAGAUUCUCAAACUCUAUGAAGAUGAUCCUUGGGGCUUCGUCAAGAGAGCACUCAAUGAGAAAGGAUGGGUGGAAGAGGUCUCAGGUUUGGCUGAGGUGCAGAGAUUGGCGGACGAGGCGGCCGACCAACUAGAAUGGGAUGAGGAAGGUAGUGUCGAGGAUGAGGGCGAGGGUGAACUGCUAUAGAUCGUUGUUCCUAUUCUCUUCUUAUUUCCUGUCUUUUUAUUUUUAUUUUUAUUUUUAUUUUUUUUAUUUUUUUUUAUUUUUUUUUUUUGCGCUUCGGCUUCGGCCUGGGGUUAUCGGAUGGUUUGUACCGGAGUUUCAUCUUGGGCUCUUAUAUAACAUAGGGUAGGGGUGUAGGCGUCUUGGGAGUUUUCAGACGGGGUGGGAUAUGCGCUCCUGUGGAGGAAUCAUUAUUCCCAAGUUCUGAUUCUCGACGUUUUGGGGAUAUGCCAGUCAACGGUUGUCCGCUUGCUCUAUGGAUGCCGAGCUUAUCAUUGCUUCAAUCCAGGUUAGAUAUGCGUUAAGGUUAACCGGUG